UUGAACUAAACAUACAGCAAACGUUCUUCAUUCGUUUUAUUUCUCUGUUAAUAUAAACAAAAUUAUUUAAGUGAUUCUGUUUCUGAGGUUAUCUUUUGGUGAACCAGCUAAAACAUGUUUAGAAUGCGAAAAGUGGCGUUUUUAAAAUUAAGCAAAGGACUAAUGAGCCCGCGCCUUCUGGCUGGUUCGGCAAAUAAAGGCGAUUCAAGCAAGGAAUCUUGUAAGGACGACUCUAAAAAUAAAGAAAAGAAGAAGAAGAAGACUGAUAUCUGCGGAAGAAAUGUAUAUCCGACCUCUCCUCGCUGCAAAAAUAAGCCCAAGGGUUCGGAUAAAAAAUCCGGAGAUGAGUGCAAGAAAUAAUGGAGUUUCUUAC